UAGUUUUAUUUUCCAAAAAUAAAAAUAAAAAAUUGGCGGAGCCGAUGGAGAUUUCUUCAUCAGAACCUCUUAAUCCUCACGCUAUGCGCAGCCGAAUAAGUGAGCUCUCAGAGAUUCAUAGUAGCAAUCAAAAUGAAGUUGAGAGUGAAGCUCUCUACUCUGAUUCGGAGAAGUUUCUCAAUGAUUGCAUUUCUCAUCUCGAGAAUAAAGUGAAGCAAAUUACCGAGGAGUAUUCCGAUGUGGGUUUCUUAGGCAUUGAAGAUUUAGAUAAAUAUCUAGCAUACUUGAAAGAGGAGCUUAAUCAAGUGGAGGCAGAAAGUGCUAAGAUUUCUAAUGAAAUCGAGGAUCUAUCAAGAAAUCAUAUUGAAGAAUCAAAUAUACUGGAACACAAUCUUGAAGGCUUGAAAUGUGCAUUGGAUUCUAUUGCAUCUCAGGAGAGAGUAGACGAGGGUCCAUUCUUCGCUUCUUCUAUGAAUGAUGGACAUCAAUCAAAUCUGAUGGAUGCGAAUGAAGAGCAAAAGUUUGAGAUUUUGGAACUAGAAAGUCAGAUUGAGAAGAACAACGCAAUUUUGAAGUCUUUGCAGAAUCUUGAUUCUACAUUCAAAAGAUUAGAUGCCUUAGAACAGAUUGAAGAUGCAUUGGCAGGCUUGAAAGUCAUUGGCUUUGAUGGAAACUGCAUUAGGCUGUCAUUACAGACAUAUAUUCCAAAAGUAGAGGGUGCUUUGUGGCAAACAAUUAUUGAUGAUACUGAUGAGCCAUCUGUAAUGAAUCAUGAAUUGCUGCUAGAGAUAAUGGAUGAUGGGACCAUGGAGGUCAAGAACGUUGAGAUGUUCCCAAAUGAUGUUUACAUAGGCGAUAUACUUGAUGCUGCAAAGUCUUUCAGGCAACUAUCCACUAACUUAGUGGCACCGGAGCGAUGGUCUUCAUUGGAGUGGCUUGUGGGAAAAGUGCAGGAUAGGAUUAUAUUGAGUACUUUGAGAAGAUAUAUCGUGAAGAGUAGAAAUAAAUCAAGGUAUUGUUUUGAGUACAUCGAGAAAGAUGAGACCAUUGCAGCUCAUAUGGUUGGGGGAAUUGAUGCAUUUAUAAAGGUAUCUCAAGGUUGGCCGCUAUCAAAAUCUCCAUUGAAACUGUUAUCUGUCAAGAGCUCAGAUCAUCAUUCAGGGGGAAUUUCAUUGAGCUUGCUUUGCAAGGUCCAGGAAAUGGCUAAUUCCUUGGACAUGAACAUUCGUCAAAGUUUAUCGGCUUUUGCGGAUGCUGUUGAAAAGUUACUUUUAGAACAGAUGCGAUUAGAACUUCGGUCUGACGAUGCCUCCGAUAUGUGACUGUGAUGCAGCCUGUAUAACUUUGUUAGCUCAACUGUCAGUAUCGUAUAUAAUCUUAGAAAUCUGCCGAAUCCAUUAUCAGGAAAUCAUCGGACGCGAUAUUUGCCAGGAUCAAACCCUUCCACAAGAUACAACAUCUCUGGAGAAUGGUUA